AAACACAUGAGCUGAGAAAAGACAGUUUAACAGUGGAAAGCUAUGGCCCAGUACCCAGAUGGAUGCCUCACCUCCCCUGCUCACUCUCACAACCAUCCAGACAUGAACCAUCUUUUGCCUGGAAGCUGUACAGAGCCGCUCACGCAGUUUGGUGUCUCAGGGGGCAUUCCUAAGAUGACAGAUUCAGCUGGUGUUCCCAGUGGGUGUUUUCCUGGACUUGAAAGAUCAGAUACCACAGUUGUCUAUAGCCAGCAACUUUCUGCUGUGUCUUAACAAACGUGCAACAACCCAGUAAUCGGGUGCCUGUCACCGAACAGUCUUCCCUUUUGGAAUUAUUUGGGAGCAACAUUUGAGAGUCUGCUUUGAGAAGACGAAGCUUGUUGGUUCAGUUUCUGAUUCUGCCGUUGGCUUGCAGUAGCAAAUUGCUGCUGUUCGAUACAAUGUCUGCUCCCAGUGGUGCCCCUAUACCAUCUGCACCACCUUCUUACGAAGAAACAGUAGGAAUAAAUGUGAGCUACCCUCACCCCUACCCUGUUCCAGAACCUGGCCAGAAACAGGAUGGGAAGGGAAUGAACCCUCCCCCAUACGUGGGGCAGCCCACACCAGUGAAUAACCCCGUUACAGUUCAGACAGUGUAUGUGCAACAACCAGUAGUAUUUUAUGACCGCCCAGUUCAGAUGUGCUGCCCUUCCUGUAACCAGAUGAUAGUGACACGUCUCUCGUAUGACUCAGGAGCUUUGACUUGGCUGUCAUGUGGUGGCCUUUGCCUGCUGGGGUGUGUAGCUGGCUGCUGCUUAAUUCCCUUCUGCAUUGAUGCCCUAAAGGAUGUGGAUCACACCUGUCCGAACUGCAGUACUCUUAUUGGUUCUUACAAACGUUUAUAGGCAGUGUUUACACACUGAUAACUGAUGAAGUUGGUUAGCACCUCUACAAGCCCUUCCUGAAGCUUCAUGGAGACUUCUGGUUGUUUCUGUGCAUCCUGUCACUGGAAACCAAUCAAAAGUUUAUUUUAUAGCUAGAUUGUUUGACUAAGACUUUGCUUGAGGUGAAUCUGACUUAGGUCUGUAAAAAGUGUACCUGAUUUUUAUGGGCCGUUCAGUCCAGCACCAGUUAAUACAACUAAAUGUUUUCCCUUUCUGCUUUAUGCAAAGCAUGGUGGUGAUGUUCUUCAGUUAAUCUUGUCUGAAUCAUGUUGCACUCUGGUGUGCUUGCUUACAGGCUCAGCACAGACCAGGAGGAGAAUGUCUAUGGAGACCUAUAUAGUCUCAUGCCUGGUGUUGAUGCUUUUGCAACAGCACUGUUCACAAACUGGCAGGGAGUUGCUUGCCUCCGAGACAAGUGCCCCUCUGACAAAUAAGUGAUUUGUUGGCAUCUUUUCAUGAGCACUAAAACUCACUUUAAAACUUUCUUAUGAAACCUAAAGGCUUCUUCCUUCUUGGAGGCUGCUUUACCAAAUGGACAACUCGGGUUAUUGUGCAUCAAUGGUGAUUCAAUCUAGUAUCUGAAUUUCCUUGCCAGUUUCAAGUCCAGUCAUGUCUCUGCAGUAAAGAUGUUCGUACAGGAAUUUUUAACAGAUACUUGUUCAGUGUUUUUUGUUUGGUUGGGUUUUUUUACUGCUGAUUUAUAAGCCUGUGAAGUGCUCUCUUCACCAUAGAGGAAACGCCAUAGAGCAUUGGAAAACUUCCUUGUACGUUUACGUAAAUCAACUGAUAAAUCAUAAACCUCAGCCUUAUCUUAAGGCUUGAAUUCCACCUGCAAAACACAGAUAGAGCACCUGAGCUUUUAAUUCUUGAUCUGUUUGUUAAUUGCUGUUCCUUCAUUAAGAACGUAAUGUGUUAAGAAGUUUCUCUCAUGAUUAUUUAGACUUGUACUCUGUUUUUUCUAAAUGAAAGAGAAGUUCCAUUUUCAGAAACUUAAGCUACAUAUGCUUAUUGAAGAUGAUGAUCACAAAAAAAUGAGGGAAUGAGGCUCUGAAAUCUGAAGUAUUUUACCAUGUCAUGAACAGCAGCCUUGGCCCAAAUAACAGCUUGAUGCAUUUGAAUGAUACUUGUCUAGAAAAGGCAAGCAUUAAAACAAGGCUAUGAUGUUAACACUGUAUUAAUCUCUGUAAAAGUAAAAAGCUCAAAUAAAUACAAAUAAUAAAAAAAACCCCACUGCAUUUACUGUUGUUGCCAAAUGUGCCUUCUAUAAGUAUUUGGUAUAAGUUAACUUUUCAAGCCUUUCAGCACUUCAUGUUUGAAAUCAAGGAGUUUUAUGGAUCACAAAUACAACCUGUAGGCCUUGUGUUAAUUAGUUUUUGUAAAGUGCUGCUGCUUGUCAGUCAGUCUGCAAGUGGUUUAAGAGCUUCCCGGUGCAUUUGGAAGAGGCUUCUGAUCAUAUGUCUCCCUGUACCAUAAGAAUUUACAUCAGUAGCUACUAACUGUCAAGAGAAUGAUGGAGAUAAAAAGCUGGUAGUUUUGUAGCUUUCCACUUUGAUGAUGUGGUACUAGCUUAUGGGUUUUGUCUGCUGCCGCACCGCCCUAAUGCUUUCCAUGUUCUUUAAGGGCCUGGGUGAUAAUCCAUUGAGUUUUCUGUUCUGAUGACACAGGCACCGAUUCUAGCUUACGCAAGUCACGUGCGUUUCCUGAUCCCUGGAUUUCACAGAAAAUUUCCUUCUUGUCAGUUUAUCACCAGAGCAAGACAGGAAGGAGCAAUGAAGCAUGCAGUGUUUCCAAACUUGAUGUUUGCUUGUGUGGUGGAGAGGAUUUUUAGUUCUUUUAGUUAGUACCCGUGUCAGUCUGGUCUGGAUAGUCGUGUCGUAGAUUCAUUUGGUGAGUACAUCUUUAAAUUGUUAGUCCCUUACCUCCCCUUUUCUCUACCAAAUGAUGGUUGGAAAAUCUGAAGUGGUGGCACCAGAAUGCAGAACAUUGACCAAAAAAAAAAGAAAAAUUAUGUGGGAUUUUCUUUAUUUUGUUUUAUGGGCACAGUCCAUUGCAUCUCUUUAAAUUCCUCGUAUAGAUUGAGAAUAGGACACAUAAUGUUGGCAGCUAUUCCAUCUAAUUAAGCAUUUUUCAAAACUUUCUGCUGCUCUUUCUGUACUUAAAUUUCCUUAAAUACAAAGCCUGUGUUUGUUCUCUUGUGUAUGGAAUUGUCUACAGAAUGUGCCAAAGUAACUUGCUUUGUUAAACUUAUUUUAGACAAACAAAUGCAGGAUAUAACUUGCUUUGUGUGAAAGUGCUUUGUGUUUGAUUAUGUUGAAGUUACUGUUUGUUUUUAAAACUGACUAUAUUUAAAAUAAAAACUUUCUCUUUUGUAUCUAGUGCUUGUAAUGGGAAAAUUAUAACAUUUGGAAUGUUUCCAAAUACAUGAACAGCUGAAAUGUUAAAAUUGAGUCAAAUGUAAUUACAGGGUGAUGUUUUUCAGUCUCACUUGGGCCAAGUCUCUGGUAAAUAGCGUUCUCCGGCUUGCAGACCAACUGUUUGCACAGAGCCACAUUUGAAAAAUGUGU